AUGAAGGGCACUGAAGCGUGCAGUCGCGCCGCGUCUCUUGCAUUUGGUAUAACCCAGCAGAGGGAAAACUUGAUGAACGACAACAUAGAAGUGAGCAUAACGCAUACGACCACAAUCGACUGGUUAGAGUUGAGCGAAACAGCUACAAAACUGUUGUUCCGUGACAAGCGCUCACGACUAUUCCUACUCGAUGGCUCCCGUCAGUCAUCGUUGCUCAAUUUCUGUACUUAUGUCCAAUGGGUGCCCGGAAGCGAUACUAUCGUGGCACAGUCUGGUAACUCGCUUCACGUAUGGUACAACCCCGCAUUACCCGAUCAAGUAACCACGAUUACCAUCAAAGGUGAAAUAGAAAGUGUUCUCCGAGAUGCGGAACGUACGGAAGUUAUCGUCCAGGAAGACAACGCCAAAGUCGCGUACGAGCUUGACAACGUCCAAAUUGAUUUCGGGUCAGCGUUGGAAUCAGGAGAUCUGAACAGAGCCUCUGCAUUUCUGGAUCACUACAAAGUCGAUGAUGCCUACUCGAUGUGGAACAAAGUAGCGCAAAUGGCCUCGGAACAGAAAAACUUCUUCGUCGCUCAGCGAUGUUUUGCAGCUCUCAAUGAAUACCCUCGAGCCCGAGCUGCUUUCAGAAAUGCAGAAAUGGCAGAAGUUACGGCUAAAGAGAUUGGUGGCGACGGCACGCAACAUUGGAAAAUUCGGGCCAAUGCUGCGCAAUUGAUGCGGAAUUUCAAGGAAGCCGAGAAUAUCUAUCUAAAAAAUAACGCCAUCGAAGAAGCGAUUGAGAUGUAUCAACUGCUACAAAAAUGGGAUGAAGCGUUGAGCAUUGCUAAGGCUGUGAACUACCCUGGCUUCGAACAACUCAAAGCGAAUUACUACAGAACGUUGUUUGAUACAGGGCGAGAUGCAAAAGCAGCAGAGCGAGCCGAACGCCUAUAUCUGGAGGCAAAUCUGCAGAAAGAAGCCAUAGCAAUGUAUAUCAAAAACAACAGAUGGGCAGACGCCUACAGGCGAGCCGAACGCCUAUAUCUGGAGGCAAAUCUACAGAAGGAAGCUAUAGCAAUGUAUAUCAAAAACAACAGAUGGGCGGACGCCUAUAGGUUAUCAGAAGAAUUUCUGGGCAAGGAAGAAACUACUGCUCUGUAUGAGGCCAAAGCAGAGGAGCUCGAAGAGCAGGGUAGAUAUGCUGAUGCUGAACAGGUAUGUUUUUGA